UCCUCAUUUGUUGCAGCUAGGAGAAAACUUUAAACAGACACCCACACUAAGCUCUCAGACUCUUAGCUAAGAAACUGUUUCCUUUCCACUUCUGUGUUUUUCAGUAGAGCAGGAAUCCCACCAGCAAUGUAAGCAGACCCCUGAUUGACCUGCAGUCCUACUAAGCCCUGGAGGAUCGCCCUACUGUAUGAAACCUGCUUCCAGGCGAAGAUUUCACUUGCUCCUUUACUUUCAUGCUUGUUGGGUCACUGUGCUGAUCAGGGAAGUACUGUGCGAAAGUUUGGUGCAAAGCCAAAAAGUAAAGGUAAAUAAUCAGAACGGCCGUGGAGCACACAGACUUUGAUACUGCCUAAAAAAGGAACUGCCGGUGAGAAGAAAAAAAAAAAGGGAGGUGUAUUGAGACACGUUUAAGCUUACAAUGUCCUGAGGGGACACGUUUGCUGACUGUCACAUUGUUUUCCCGCAGGGUGUAAAGCAAAAGUUUCACGUUUUUUCAGUGCUUGAUAUAGAAAAGCAUGUGAAAGUUGCUCAAGAAUGUGGUUAUUUCAAUAUUAAUCACUUAUUUUAAAAUCAGUUUGAAUUUUAAGGAUAUUAAAAGUAAUUUUUUUUGUCUUUUGUUCUGUACUCAUAUAAUUUUAUUUUUUUCCACUGCUUUUAUAAUUACUUUUAAAAAAAAAAAAAUCUUUGACAGGUGCAAUCAAUAGAAUAUUUGUAUCUGUAUUAUUCCACACGCUGCAACAAAAAUAAACUUUUAUUCCUCUAGCGUUUGCCUGCUGGAUUUACCCUUUUGUGGAUUGAUCACCUUAUCUUAUUUGGAUUUCUAAACUGGAGACAGAAAAGAAAAACAAAAUCGGAAAAGAGUUGUCUUUACAUGGGAUUAUGAGGGAUCUACCCAGUGAUUAUCUGCUACCAAUGUUGCCAAAACAGGCUCAGUGCUUUCUUGUGAGGGGUGCAGUUAUCAUGCUCUUUUGAAACUGACUCUGAACUUGCGAAUCUUAAGUACUAUUAGCGAGCGUGUUCACCCUCAUUCAUCCAAAUGAUCCUGCUAGUUCUUAUCCUCAGAGUCCUUACUACAGCUCUGGACUUCCACCACCAUGGAGUACAAGCGGAAUCCAAUCUAAGCAGCAAGUUCCACUUUGAAAGUGGCAAGGAGCAAAAUGGGGUACAAGAUUCUCAGCAUGAGAAGAUUGUUUCAGUUUCACUUAAUGGAAGUAUUCACAGUCCAAGGUUUCCUCACUCUUACCCACGCAGCACAGUGAUGGUGUGGCGACUAGUAGCUUUGGAGGAACACUUACGGAUACAAUUAACAUUUGAUGAAAGAUUUGGGCUGGAGGAUCCAGAAGAUGAUAUUUGCAAGUACGAUUUUGUAGAGAUUGAGGAACCAAGUGAUGGAACAAUUCUUGGACGUUGGUGUGGAUCGAACAUAGUGCCAAGUAAACAGAUAUCAAAAGGAAAUCAGAUAAGGAUACGAUUUGUGUCUGAUGAAUACUUUCCUUCUUCUCCUGGAUUUUGCAUCCAUUAUACACUUCUCACGCCGCCACAGACAGAUCCUUCGAGCCCUUCUGUUCUACCUCCGUCAGCACUGCCAUUAGAUUUACUAAGUGAGACCGUUGCUCGCUUUGGGACUGUGGAAGAAGUAAUAAAAUACCUUGAGCCAGACAGAUGGCAGUUGGAUAUAGAAGACUUAUAUAGACCAUCAUGGCACUUACGUGGAAAAUCCUUUAUACAUCCACGGAAAUCCAGAGUUGGGGAUUUAAGCCUACUCAAAGAAGAAGUGAGACUGUACAGUUGCACACCACGUAACUAUUCGGUUUCUUUAAGGGAAGAACUAAAAAGAACGGAUGCUAUUUUCUGGCCAAGUUGUCUUCUGGUUAAACGCUGUGGAGGAAACUGCGCCUGUUGUGUUCAUUACUGCAAUGACUGCCAAUGUGUUCCUACAAAAGUUACCAAAAAGUUUCAUGAGGUUCUUCAGCUUAAGCAAAGGAACGGCUUGAGAGGACUGCAAAAAUCCUUGACAGAUGUGUCUUUGGAACAUCACGAAGAGUGUGCCUGUUCAUGCAAGGGGAGCACUGAAGGAUAAUUAAAUUAAUUGAUAUUUUAAAGGACAUAUAAUUUAUUGCUGUUGAUUUAUAAGCAGCAUUGUAACUACACUGUAUACGCGGUUGUCCAAAAUGAGGCUACCUGCCUUGCAAAAGUGUUUUCAGCAGGUUUGGACACUGGCACAGAAAUAUAUUUUAAAUUUCCUCAGUAUGAAAAGUAUAUACAAACUAAUUGAAAGGAAACAAAAACAGUGAGAUGUUUGUUUUCUGUCCUCAAUCCUGGAUGAAAAAUAACAACGGACUGGAUGGUGUCAGAUACAAGUUGUGAAAGUCUUGGACUGUCAGUUAAGACAACAUUGUUGAAGUUCUUUUGUCACUUCAAUAACUUCUUUCAAGUUAAGACUAUUUGCAUUAUCGGUGCGAUUGCAGAAGAAGUCAUACUUUGAUUUCUUAAAGUAAAAAGAAAAUAUGACGUUUUAUCAAAUCAUGUGAUACUUGUCACAUGACCUAUCAUUUUUUUCUACACACUGUUUGGACCAAUAAAAUACAUUGAUCAGUUACAGCACAGGUAACAUGUUAAGUGCCUUAACCCCACUGAAAGACUAUUGGAAGUUUGUUCAUUUUGUUUUCUUUGUUUUACUUUUGUAAAUUUUAUACACUUUGACAUAUCUAUUUGCUUUUUCUAAUUGUGUUAAAUAUAUCUUUUUUUUGUUUCUUAGGGUAUUUAAUAUUUUUUUUUAAUAGAUUACAUUUCAUGUAGUUCUUUAUUGUAACAUGUUUUAAUAGUCUUUUGAAGAAUGGUUGAAAUACAAGAAGCCUAUUUGUAUUUGGUGCUAAACAGUGAAGUAAUGCGUUGCUAGUUUGACGAGUAAGAUAGCAGAAACCAAGAGUUUAUUGUACUAAGCUGCUACUCAAAAUGCUCCUUGAUUUGUACAAAGAACUUAAUAUUGGGUGUUUAAGAAGAAUGUGAUAUUCUUCUUCAAAUAUAAAUAAAUCUUUCUUCUGAUAUAGCUUUUAUCUUUUUCAAUUGUUAACAGUCAGUUACUGAGUAUCUCUAGUGAACCUUUAGAUAUUGGAUCUCUCUCCAAAUCAUCAGAAUUCCUGUGUAAACAAAUAUUUUAUGGCUGCUUGGGUAAUUUUAUAAUUUUGUUUUCUAAGCCAUUUGAAUUUAUUAGAAGAGUCACAGUUUGAAUGACUUGUGAAACCAGAAUAUAAUAUCAAUAUAUAAUUACACAUAAAAAAACAAGCAAACAGAAAAACUAUAAGAAAUGGGGUUUGAAGGAUUUACAAGGGAAUUUUAAGUAGGAUUUCCCCAGAUGGAAACAAAAAAAGAUGCUGUCAGAGCGAAAAUGAAACAUGGCAGUCAAUUAAAUCAAUAAUGAUAAUGGCUGCCUAAUAUGUUAUAAUGUAGCUGUUUUAAUUUAACCAUUAAUAUCAGUUCAAGAUAUGUGGAUAAUUAAUUUCACAUUAUGAAUAAUUUUAUAAAUAACAUGUUUAAAUGUCCAAAUACUUCACAUCAACCAUAAAUGAACACUCUGACAAUCAUAUUUAAUUUGAAUUUCAAAAUGUGACCUGACUAAUAAUUUUAUCUUUUAUAGUAUACUUAAAACUUAUGUGAACUGCUCAAAAACCAUUUUCUGGUGCACAGGAAUACAUAUAUUGAAUUUUCUUCCUGCAAGGUAUAGUUGUUAUUCUGAUACAAAUGCAUUAGAAAAGCUUAUUAUAAGUAUCUUAUCUCAGGACUUUGAAAUGGAUUGAAAUGGCUUAAAUUCGCAAAUCCUGGGAAAAAGCCAAGGCUCUUUAUAUGGGAAUUCUGAUAGCACAGAAUGUGGACUUUAGACCUUUACUUGCAACCCGUGGUUCUCUGUUCUAGUACUGAAGGACCCAUAAUGAAGUCAAGUUUAACUGAGUAGUAGUUUAGAAAUUGUGAUUGAUUCACUGGGGCUCAGGUUUGGGAAUCCUUUAAUUAUGGCCUGUUAGGGGAAUUUGAGGACCUCUGUUGAGACUUAGGGGCCGAAUUAUUAAGCUCCGAAUGGAGCUUGGUGCCCCGGUUUCCGCCCGAGCCUUCAGGCUCGCCGGAAACAGUAGUUAUGAAGCAGCAGUCUAAAGACCGCUGCUUCAUCACUUGUCUGCUGCCUCUGAGUCUGCGGUCUUAAAUCUGCCCGAUCUUAUACAAUCGGGCUGAUUGACACCCCCUGCUAGCAGCCGAUUGGCCCCGAAUCUGCAGGGGACGGCAUUGCACAAGCAGUUCACCAGAACUGCUUGUGCAAUGAUAAAUGCCGAACACGUAUGCUGUCGGCAUUUAAUGAUGUGCGGCGCACAUGAUAUGCUACAUUGUAUCAUGUCCAUCCGAACUUAAAGGGACAGUCUACACCAAAAAUGUUCUUAUUUAAAAAGAUAGAUAAUCCCUUUAUUACACAUUUCCCGUUUUUGCAUAACCAACACAGUUAUAUUAAUAUGCUUUUUACCUCUGUGAUUACCUUGUAUCUAAGCCUUUGCAGACAACCUCCUUAUCUAAGUGCCUUUGACAGACAUGUAGUGUAGUCAAUCAGUGAAGACUCUUAAAUAACUUCACGGGAGUGAGCACAAUGUUAUCUAUAUGACACAUGUGAACUAGCACAGUCUAACUGUGAAAAACUUUCAAAAUGCUCUGAGCUAGGAGGCGGUUUUCAACUGUUUAGAAAUCAGUUUGAGCUUAGCUAGUUUUAACUUUUCAAAAAUACCUCCAAUGUAACAAAGCAAAUUUGAUGAUAAAAGUAAAUUGGAAAGUUGUUUAAAAUUGCGUGCCCUAUCUGAAUCAUGAAAGUUUAAUUUUGACUAGACUGUCCCUUUAAGUAAAUCGGCCCCAUAAUGUAGUAAUUACUUUAAAGGGACAUUAAAUGAUUACUUUAAAUUAUUUAAUAAAAGGUCAAUACAGUUUAAGCAAAGAGCAAUUUCUUACCAUAAUUAAAACAUCAUUUUUUUAACACAUUAACAUAUCUACUUUCAGCAUUGUUCACUGACCUACAAAAGUUAUCUCUCUUAAUUUACUCCUGUAUGGGGUCUGGAUUAGCUGCAGUCAGCCUCUCAGGAGUAAUUCGUGGGCUCUUGCACAUGGAAUACAUAUCAGUGCAUUGUACUCAAAAAGUAUUGACUUUUUAAUAAAUAUUGUUUUGUAUCAACAUUUUAUGCCUCUUUAGCUAUUAAAGUUAGAAUUCAAAUAAUUUUCAUGUUUAAAACUGUUAUCACUGUUCUAGAUAUUCAUAAAUUGCAAAUGUGUCAGCAGACAUUUCACAUGUGAAGUGCACCUAUUACAAGUUAGAAACUAUUUCCGGACUAUGCAUUUGUGUAAAUAUAAUAGUUUAUCAGUGCCUUAAGGUUUUAUUUUUAGCAGUUGCCAAUAAAACAGUCCCUAAUUAUUAA